CUCUUUUCUACAGGAACCACAGAGAGAGCGAGCCAGAGUUUCUCCUUUCACUAAGAAAUUACUAAAAGAAAGUUUAAAGCAAGGCAUGGGCUUCCAAAUGCGCAAAAACUAGCCUCCUGGCGUGGUUCCCCAGGGAAAGGAUGCGCUGGGAGCCCGAGACACUUGCUAGACAAAGCGCAGACACUGACACUCUUCAGCAGGCGCCAGAUUUGACAAGAAGCCUCAGAAAUGUCACCGGGCAGGCUCGAUAAGUGACGCACUGCAUUAGAUUGGAAUAACAAUGCGGCGCGAUCCUGUGCGGGUGCGUUACGCCUGAAAGGGGCGGGGGCGCCUGCGGGCCUCUCUAAUCUUCAGGCGGAAGGCAUAGGCAGGCGCAUGCCUUUCGAGGCUGAUUCGUCCGCCGGGGUCUGAGGCUUUCAGAGGCCACGCGGGUCCGCGGGGGUUCAAGGAUGUAGGGCGCUGCCCGUCUGGCGUGGCGCUGCAAGCAAGUGACGCGACUGCACUGGGCAGCCGCCUCGCGCUAUCGGGCAGCGCGAGCCCAGGGGAGGGGGGAGGAGAGCGGGGCGCCAAAGUUUACGCUCUCACGCUCAAAGUUCAUGGCGUAACUUUCAAAAUUCUUGCCCUAGCAAACUUUCAAAAUUCCUGCCUGAACUUUCGAAGUUCAUGCCCUGACUUUCAAGGUCCACGCUCUAACUGUCAACUUCAAAGCUCAUGCCCUAACCUUCUCAGUUCAUGCCAUGACUUUCAAAGUCAUGCCCUAACUUUCUCAGUUCAUGGCCUAGCGUUGUUUCGCAAUUCAUGAGCUGCAUGGCAAAACGCUGCGCGCUUUUGCAGUGUUGUCGCCGCGUUUGUUUAGUUUAUUCAAAGUUUAAAAUUCAAAAUCAAAACUCAAAGUCCAAAAUCAAAACUCGAAGGUCAAAACUCAAAAUCUAAAAUCAAGACUCAAAAUCAAAAAAUCAAAACGAAGGCAAAACUUGCGAGAUUUGUGACUUAAAUAUUGGCUGCUUAGAGCGUCAAAAGCUACCUCCUGAACAGGUAAGUGAAUGCAUGAAUGUGAGAAAUGGGUUUUUACGUAUAAGUCGACUUCCGUUAACGAUAUCAACGACAUCAAAUGGCGGAAUUACAAAAGGGAACGGGAAGAAGUGCAGCUGCAGGUACAACCUCUACAACUGUGCCGCCCGUUGGUUGCCCCUCACCGCGUCUCCCUAUUAAAUCGUAUCUAUUCAAGAACAUGGCGUGGUGUAGUUGCAAGGAGCUACGGACGAUCAUGUAAUUGAGUAUCGAUUUUUCAUAAAUAUUUAUUAAUAUCGAUCAUGAAACGAGCAGUAGUUGUCCUGAUUCGUCAAGAAAAGAACGCAAGUGAAGCACCAACCCGUUUGAAUAUGUUAGCGUAGGAGCAAGAGUUUACUGGAAGUAGUACAAGUGCUGUUGGCCACCGAAAUUUUUUGGAACGAUAUUUAUUGCAGACUUUCUAAGUCAUCUAUCGUGUAAAAUUCAGAGAUCGCGUAGAAGUUGUAAGAUUUAGGACAAGAUGAAUGAGGUAAAAAGAAGUGACGAGGAAGCACUAGCGAGGCUCGAUUCAUCUGUCCACUCUUUGGAUGGUUCUUUUACUUUUUGCUAGUGCAAACGACUAAGUACUUGCAAAGUAGGUUUGUAAUACUAACGUGGGAAUGAUCGAAGCGUGUAUGCGACGAUCGAAUAGGAUUAAGUCAUAUCGUGGCAACAUCGCGUUCAUGUGGGGACAUGGCCAUGACUAUACUUAUCGAAGCUUCUGGUGCGUGCAACUGCAUGAUGGAAGUAAGACGAGUAUGGCCAAGCAGGGGGAGGGCACAAAAGCAGCGCAACCACAGGCGCCCGCAGCUGGUGAGGAUAUCACUUUUCCAGCAGCGGAAUGGCUCGUAAAGUGCAGGUGCCCUCGUCAUGGCUGAACGGGGAGAAACUAGCUAGCUCACGGUCAUGGAUCAGUUCUAAUCUAGGUAGUUCUACUGAUGUCCUAGUAGCUAUAUGAUGAUGAACAAGGGGAUCAAUGCAGUUGAUUUUCGGCAGGUAGAUGAAGCAGAAUUGCAGUUCCCAAGAAUUUCACGGCCGCUUCGAUAUUUACAUCACACAUUUACUUCGCAUGGCUAGAACGUAUCCAACAAAAGCAUACUGUUUACCACUAUUUUCGUUGCACAGCCAUUCACCAGUUUUUGCUCGUCCUCGUCCGCCGAUUCGUAUUGUAUAUUGGGCUUGGUGUUGCAAUUUUGCAUCUUCGUCACCCGGUCUACUGCCACCCCGACUACUAGAUAGACGAAAGAUGGCAGCCAAGGGUCGUGGGCUAUGAUGCGAGCAACUUACUUCAUCUCCCGCACCAAGAAGAAGGACGUGGCUGUAGUUGCCCGCAUCGCCUCACUCUCAUUGGCUUCGCCUUUUGUUACAUGAGAAUUUUAAUUAUGUUAGACUUAGAUUGGCAAAAUCAAACACAGAGCUCAGGAAGUUGAUGCUCAAACUCAUUGUUCUUAUGUAUCUUCUAUUUAUUACGUGAUUCUAUUCCGUUAUUGGAAGCAGGUGGUACUUAGGUAGGUGCUAGCAUAUCUAAUAUGACAUAUAUAUUUAUAAAUAUAAUGCUAUGUUUGGAUUAAAGGAAAAUGGUUUGAAUUUAAUGUACAUUGAGAUUGAUUUCGGCAGGCGUAGUGUUGGAGGUUGAAGAUCUUCACUGAAGAGACAACGUGGUGAGAAGUAGACCCCCUUGGCCUUGACUUGAUUUUGCCUCCUAUGUAUAGAAGUACAAUUUUUUGCGACAUGUUAGGUUAGCUCCUCACAAGAACAGCUCUGUGUAUGUUCCAGUUAAAGUAAUUUAGUGAAGAAAGAGAAGCGUAACAAGUGGCGGCGCUUCACGAUUUCGCGAGGAUUCAUAAACCCACUCAAAAAUCUUCUUCAUGAUGAUGAUUACAUUUUAUUUCUUCUGUCGAGUGUACUAGUUUAGUUCUAGGUGAUAGAUGGUAAAGGACAGCAUGACAACGGAUAAUGUACUGGCUAAAUGGAAUAUGGGGCUGAGCAAAUGCUUUUGUAAUAUGAUAAAGAUGAAUGCGCACAUAUUCGAUAUGGGUUAUUGUGAAAGAAAUAGGUCCGGUAAGAUUCUGCUGGUUUUUCGGAAUUAUCCUCCUCCUCCUCCUCCUCCUCCUCCUCCUUCUCCUGCUCCUCCUCCUUCUCCUCCUCCUCCUCCUUCUCCUCCUCCUCUUCGGGGAAGACGUCCGCCCAUCUUCUCUUCUCUAGUACCUAAUGAUACUCAACAGGAGUAA